CAGAAUGACCUCUGACCUCCAGAACAAGACAGCUCUACAGAGUCAGGAUAUGCACACAUGGCCUGAGAAGAGCGCACCUGCACACUCGGGGUGAUCAAAUAAAAGCCAUGUUGACAUCCUGAAGCACUGGACGGGUGGCCGUACCCCUGGACUACAUAUGCAGAUCUCAGACAGGCUGAUGUUGUUUGGUGAACAGGACAUCUUAAGCAGAUCUCUCUGCCUUCCUAUUGCCUAGCACUGCACUUGCCUUUGAGGUGCCCCCAGUCUGCAACACAUGGGGAGUGACCAGAGUUCUCCACUGGGCGCUGUGGCAGGUUAAAGAGGCAGUGUGAGUGGCAGCAUUUGUGGUGUGUCCGGGAAGAAAACUACUGGAAUAGGAAUUGGCUGGACAAGAAAGCAAUAAACAGGAUGUGAAAAAUAACGUUUUGGUGUAGGGAAGUGUGCUCUGUUAUCAGCAUGUGAAUGUGAUGGUCAGGUGAUGAUGGCCACAGAGUUCGUCCAGUUUCAACAGUGCAGCCUUUUUAAUGCCAUGUGCCAUCACUCUAAAAGUGAAAGGUUGUGCCGUGAUGCUGGUGGUGUCUGCUGUCUCUGUGGCGUGUCUCAGUGGCCUGAUGCUGGGUUAUGAGCUGGGACUGACCUCUGGCACUCUGCUCCAGCUCAGGGAAGCGCUACACUUGUCCUGCCCCCAGCAGGAGCAGGCAGUGGGGGCUCUCCUGCUCGGAGCCUUCCUCCUCUCCGUGGUGGGCGGUGCCAUCGUGGACCGGCACGGCCGGCGCUUCUCCAUCGUCCUGACGGCGGUGCUGUGCGUCUUUGGGACGCUCUUGAGCGUGUGCGUGCCCUCGUUUUGGCCGCUGGUAGUGGGACGGAUGCUCGUCGGCAUGGCGACGGCACUCUCAGGCACGGCGUCGUGCCUGUACGUGGCGGAGGUGGCUCCGGCGGCCUGGCGUGGCCGUUGCGUGUGCGCUUACGAGCUGAUGGUGGUCCUAGGGGUGCUGUUGGGGUUUGGCCUGAGCUGGGUGUUCGCAGGCGUAGCGGACGGGUGGAGGUUCACCCUGAGUGGUGUGCUGCUCCCCGCGUGUCUGCAGGUGGGCGUCAUGCCCCUGUUGCCCCAGAGCCCUCGUUUCCUCCUCGCCCGGCGGAGAGACCAGGAGGCCUGGGCGACCCUCGCGCGUCUACGGGGCACGACCAAGGUCGCAGUGGAGGAGGAGCUACGGACCAUACGGGUGGCUCUGGGGGCCGAACGCCAGCAGGGCUUCCUGGAUCUUUUCCGUUCCCGUGACAACAUGCGGAGGAGGUUGUUCGUAGGGGGGGCCCUGGUGUUCCUGCAGCAGGUGACAGGACAGCCCAACCUGCUGGCAUAUGCUUCAACUGUGCUCCGCAGUGUGGGUUUCCACAGCAACGAGGCAGCCACGCUGGCCUCCACUGGAUUAGGUUUGGUUAAAGUGGGAGGGACCAUUCCCGCAAUCUUGCUGGUGGACCGGGUCGGUCCCAAAGCUUUCCUGUGUGUGGGGGCUGUUGUAAUGACAUUGUCGACGGCAACGUUGGGGGCGGUUACCCUGCAGAGCCAAACCCAUGUGUCCAGCCUGUGUCAGAAUCCCAUCCGACUCAACCACACCCCAGUGGGGCGGGGAUUUGAGACAGACAUACGGACCGACAUGUCUCAGGGCUUGUAUCAUCGUGCUCACGCACAGUUAAAACAGAAUUACACUGACUAUCUGUUCAACCCUAUGCCUUCACAACCUUUUAACAACGCUCAGGCGCACUGGAUAUUAAACUCCACAGAGGACCGCAAUACAGCAGUGUUGAACUCUGAGACACUAGCAGAGGACUCUGGGAAAGACGGAUCUGGAGUUGCACUAGAAUCGGUCCAAGUGAGUGAGGUGUCGCCUUCUCUAAAAUGGAUCUCUCUGGUCAGUCUGCUAGUCUAUGUGGCGGCAUUCUCCUUCAGCCUGGGACCAAUGGUUUAUGUGGUUUUGAGUGAGAUCUUUCCCACGGGGAUCAGAGGAAAAGCUGUGUCUGUGGUCUCUGCCCUGAACUGGGCCAUGAACCUGCUCAUUUCAAUGACCUUCCUCACACUGACAGAGAGGCUCGGCUUGCCCAGCGUGAUUUUCUCGUACGCUGGGAUGAGCUUUCUGCUGCUCGUGUUCGUCAUCAUGUUUGUGCCGGAGACCAGGGGGAGGUCGCUGGAGCAGAUCUCCAAAGAGCUCGCCAUGACGAACCAUCUUGACAGCAAGUUCCUCUGCCACAGAUGGAUAAAGAAGUCCAAGAUGACCUCUCUGCAGGAGGACAAAGCCCUAGCAACGAUCUGAAGUCACGCCCUGGGCAAGAGGAGGCGAUGUCAGAAUGAGCAGAUGCUUGAUGAGCCGGGAUGGAAGGACAGACUGGCUGAGUUAGGAGCGAUAGCUUAUGUCCUCGCUAUGACCAUGGUAACCAGGGUUGAGAAAUGUCUCUCUUUAAGGUGUUUUUGGUUUCACACACACACACAGUGACACACUGUUUAAAAUCCAGCCUUCAAAGUUGGUUUCAUUGUCUUAAUCUUUUUCAAAACAGGUGUCCUUUCAAUACAUAUACAAAAAAGACCAGAGCUCUAAAGCCUCUAUAUGUAUUUUAUGGAAAGUUUUUAAAUAAUUUUUAGAGAUUCAUAAGUUUGUUUCAGUAACUACGUAUGGUCCUGUAUGUUUUUUUGCAUUUGGUUUAUGGAUGUAUUGAUGUACAUCAUGACAGCCUACUGUAAUCUAAAUGCCAGUAUGGGGGGGAGAACUGAGAAAUGAACCAUUGUAUCUGUGGAGAGGUUGAACUCCUAGUCCAAGGCAAGUCAGCUGGCUCAGUGGGGAUCUGUGGGGCAGGGAGGCUUGGAUUUCAUGCCUCCAGACCAGUGUGUUCCUGACCCCCUCACCACAGUCUUUGCUUUCAGGCAGCUGCUUUGCCUGCUCGAUGCAGGGCUCAGAAACAGGCCAGUGAAGACAUACACAGGCUGAAGGCAAAAUAUGGUGUAGGGGAAGGGUUAUUUUAUUCAGCCUUUAUUAUAAAAUACAAAACAGGAACAUAUUACAUAAACAUGUACACUGGAGUCUGUCUCGCAAACCAGAGUCAAAAAGAAUGCAGACCUUAACAGAAUGCAGCAGGUAAAUAUUACAUUAUAUCCUGUUUAAAGUCUCUGGUGUUUGUUUUGUAACCUCUGUCCUCUGACCUCCUCAGUCCCCAGGUGUCUGCUAAAACCCACUUCCUUAAAAUGAAACAUUUCUGUAAAACUCAAUUUCAAAAACUAGUCAGUGCUAUCUUCUGAUGGGGUUACUUUGGUGUCCAUGCACUAAAAUGACGUUUGAUUAAAAUCUGGAGAUGCACACUGAUGAGGCCUCGACUGAGCUUUACGAAGUGUCUGCUGCUUCAUAACAAAAGAGGUCAGAGUUCAAAGGGCAUACAAACCCAGGCCUGCUCACUCUCAAGUUGACAGGAGCGCCGACAUACAGUACAAGAGUUUAAAGUCUUUGAACACAUUCACUCUUAAGGUGCUUCUUCAUUUCACACGUGUGUGGAUUUUUACACCAGUGUUUUCUGACACUCGAACAGUAGAGGAUAUAUCUGCUCCACAGCUGAAGCAACACUCUGAACAUUUGGUCCUAGAGAGAGAGAGAGAGAGAGAGAGGACGAAGAAUUCAAACAUUACAGGGAGAAGCAAAGCAGACUGCUGUGCCUCAUACAUUUGAAGCACAUGACUGCUUGCUCAGCUGGUAAUGUUUGAAUGUUUGUCUGCUAGCUGCCGAAACAGCACCCCAGGGGGCGAGUCCAAAUAUUUAUAAGUUAUGCGGUUAAUGCUGUAAUCGGUUUAUACCUCGCUAAAGAAAGCCCAAUCCUAAGGUAUUUUCCAUAUAUUUUAAUUAAAUCAGUAGGCUUUGGGGAGGUUAUUAGUGGGGUAAUAAAUUGUGUUAAAUAUU